AUCCUCUAUUAUCUAAGUAAGGCUCGUCGUCCCCCACCUUCGAUUUGUGUCUUGCUCGCAUUCUCUUCCUUGCACGUUCUUGCUCACCCGAUUCACGCUACACUUCUCAGUUAUAUGGGUUAUUUUUUUUUUAAAGAAUUUCAUGCCUAGUGUCGAUACUCUCUCAGUGAUGCGGCUGAUUUCUAUCGGGAUAAUUGGGUUUCGUGGGUUGUGGGUCUCGAGUUUUGGGUUCUAGCUUUUUGUCCAGCUGCGUCUCUCCGAGCUCUUCAUCUGCGAGAGUAUUCGAGCUGUGAUGCUUUUUUGUUGAAAUAGAUCCGGUGCAGCUAGAAUGGUCAGGUGUCGAUUUGUUCAUUUUUAAGAGCACGGACAUCGAGUUGGCGUUUGGUCUGCAGCCAGCAGCUACUUCCGUCUGUCACUGUUUUUUUCCGGAUUCUUUUUAAAAGAAUGCCGCACUGGCGAAUGCUCUGCCUUGAAGCCUGCCCUAUCAGGCGCUUGAUAUUGCCUCCAUCGACAUUAUCAUUGCUAAGGGGUUCAUCAUCACUGUUCCCAUUACCGUCGCCAUCGCGCUUUCGCGUACCUCCUCGUUUUCGUCUACGGUCAUCCUUUGCGGCCUUUUCCUCCACAUUUAACUUCACCUCAACUCCUACUUAUUGUUCCUCACUCUCUCGCUCUCAUCCAUCGUCUCGCUUAUUCGCUUCAUCUACCUCUCAGAUUUACAGCUUUACUCCCUCUUCUGCCAUGCAGUCCGUACGCAUCUCUUCCCCCGGUGAUAUUGCUGAUGCGUUGAUGGAAGCUCUUCUUUCCUUUGGUGCUGCGUCCUGCAGCAUUGAAGAUUCCAAUUUGGGUGCACCUCAAGAGCAAGAGAUAUAUUCGGAGGGACCAAUUCCUUGGCAAUCAGGCAAGCGGCAGCUAUGGAAAGAUAGCACCAUCACCGCUCUCUUCGCAGCAGGUGAGGAUGUAAGCGAAGCCUUGGCCAUGGCAGCCAAUUCUGUUGGACUCAAAGAGAUGCCACGUUAUGUUGUAGAAGUGCUUGAAGACUGUGACUGGGUCCUGGAAGUGGAGAGUCAGUUUAAGCCAGUUGAGGUUUCAGAAGGCCUCUGGAUUGUCCCCAAGUGGAGCCAACCCCCUGAUGCCAAGGCCCUGAAUGUAAUAAUAGAUCCAGGGCUCGCCUUUGGUACUGGAGAACACCCAACCACCCGGCUUUGUUUAAGAUGGCUGCAUUCUGUAGUCAGGCCUGGUGAUAAGAUAAUCGAUUAUGGGACGGGCUCGGGGAUUCUUUCUAUUGCUGCUCUUAAGAUGGGAUCUGUUCAUGCAGUUGGUGUAGAUAUUGACCCAGUAGCCAUCUCGUCGGCAGAAUAUAACGCUUCCUUGAACAAUCUUAAGCCCAAUACGUUGCAAGUGUAUGUCGCUCCUGCUGAUGGAGACGACCCUGUACCUAAGGAGUUUACAGACUUUGACGUUGUUGUAGCCAACAUACUAUUGAAUCCAUUGGUGGAGCUUGCGGGACGAAUUACAGGGUACUGCAAAACAGGAGGUCUUGUGGGCGUUUCCGGAAUCCUAGUGGAGCAGGUACCCAAAGUAAAGGAAGCUUAUUCUCUAUAUUUGGACGAUAUAUCUGUGUCGUAUGAUAACGGCUGGGCUUGUGUUAGUGGGAGAAAGAAAGGAAUCGUAGAGACAUCAGCAAGGCCAAGUCAGUCUCUGGAGUCUCAAACUUGAACACCCCAGCAGUCGCAUCAUUCUAGCAUUCAACUGCGAGUUGACUCUUACCUCGUUUAGGAAUCGCAGGCUAUCAAGGUUCCUAGUUGGCAUCAUAAUGACCAAGCACUUGAAGAUCCGUUUUUUAUGUAGAGUUAUUACUUGUACCUCGCUUACGGUUCAACUUUUCUAUUGAAGCUCCUGCACAAAAUUGAACAACGCAUAUAACUUCUUCAUGUGCAACCCGUAGUGGUUCUACUUCUCACUGCAAAUCCAAAUGUUAACAUCUGUUGGUGUUUCCUAAACCUUCAAUGAAUGAGCCGCCAUUUUUUCAA